AAACAGGCCAUUAUACAAUCCCGCGCCAACCAGCGGUUGCUUCCCUCCCUGGGUCUGCUAAGUGCUGACAGCAUCCGCCUGCAGCAAGAAAUGUCCAAGAGUCAUUUCUUCAAACACCUAUCUUACACUUUCUCCUGGGGCCUCCGUCGCUCAUUAUCUCUCUCUUCUCUCUCAAGCUUCAAACCUGAAUGUCGAUACCGAUCAAAACCCAAUUCUUCGCUCUUCUCAAUGAUUAAUCUCGUAUCUUCUUUCUCGUCUGUUCGUUCUGGCACUUCACUCGCUGCUUCGCACGAUACCUCUGCAACUACUGAUUCCUCUGCUUACCUUUCUGUUCGCAUUCGCUGUCCAAAAGAAGUAGCUGAUAUGUUUUCAGAAGCUCUUUUAUGCUUUGGUGCAAGUUGUACCAGUAUAGAUGAACAAGAUGACUGUGAGAGCUCUCAUGAGAUUCACAUUGAUUCUGUGUUUCCUCAAUUCCAAGAUGUGGAUGUGUGCCUUUCACAAGCUGCUGAUUCCAUAGGCUUGAAAGAGAUACCAGCCUAUGAGGUUAAAAUGGGGGAGCAAUGUGACUGGAUUCAGAAGACACAGGAAUCAUUUCAUCCUCUGGAAGUUACUGAAGGACUUUGGAUUGUGCCUGAGUGGAGAUCUCCCCCAGAUGUUGGGGCAACAAAUAUAAUUCUGAAUCCUGGAUUAGCAUUUGGAACUGGGGAGCACUCUACUACUAAGUUGUGCCUAUUGCUGCUACGAGGUUUGAUAAAAGGAGGAGAAUUUUUCUUGGACUAUGGUACAGGUUCUGGAAUUCUUGCAAUUGCAGCACUUAAGUUUGGUGCUUCUUUGUCAGUUGGAAUUGAUGUAGAUCCCCAAGCAAUCACAUCUGCAAGUCGUAAUGCUGCUCUAAACAAUAUAAGACCUGAGACAAUGGAAUUACGCCUAGUUUCCAACAAAACCUGCACUUCCUUGAUGAAUGAAGGGACAAAUGAGGCUGUCAAAGAGCACAGCACUUAUGGAAUGGGACAUGUAUCUGAAACAGAGAAAUAUGAUGUGGUCAUUGCUAAUAUACUUUUGAAUCCUCUCUUGGAAUUGGCAGAUCAUAUUGUUUCUUAUGCUAAACCUGGGGCAGUAGUUGGCUUGUCUGGUAUUUUAUCUGAGCAGCUUCCAUACAUUAUGGAUCGAUAUUCAGUGCUCUUGGAAGACAUAUCUGUGUCAGAGAUAGAUGACUGGGCAUGUGUAAGUGGAAAAAAGAAAAGAAGUGUUGAUAGCAGCUGAAGGAGACAAUCAGUACUAUUGGACUAUUAGCAAAAGAAGCCCCAAAUGCUCAAAUCAGAACCUUUGUCACAUCAGGUAACAGUGUUCAUUUUCCAAGCUUAUGCUGCCUAACAGGAUCUGAAAGCCAAGAAUUCACUCCAACCUGGAUUGUGGAACAUCAUGAAACGAUAUUCUGAUUUUAUUGAAUUUGAGAAAAAAACUGAUUUUUUUAUCUAGGUGAUAUUUCUGACCUUUAUGGUUUGAUAUAUUUUUCUUAUGUAAAAAUACCUCAAAAAAGUGUAAUUAUUGAGAUUAAAUUUGUUCAUGUUAACUUUAA